AUGAUACAGCUGCUGCAAUCUGUGACUCAAUACCAUGGAUUACCGAAGGAAGAUCCCCACAAGCAUAUUACAAAAUUUAUGAAAAUCUCUGAUACCUUUUCUGUUCAUGGAGUAUCCACAGAUGCUAUGAGGAUGAGGCUUUUCCCUUUUUCUCUAGCUGGGGCAGCAGAAAAAUGGGUAGAAGAUUUGCCUGCACAGUCCAUCACCACGUGGAAGGAGCUUGGAGAAGCCUUCCUUAUGCGGUUUUUCCCAUCCACAAAGGUGUGUGAUUUGAGGGAUGACAUCACAGGGUUUAGACAGUAUGUUGAUGAGUCAAUCCAUGAGAGCUGGACUAGAUUUAAGGGGCUGAUUAAAAAGUGUCCUACACAUGGUCUUGCUAAGUGGGCUACCAUUCAUAUUUUCUAUAGAGGAUUAAGUCACCAAGGCAAAACUCACUUGGAUGCUACUGCCAAUGGAAUGUUUCUGUUAAAAAGGUAUCCAGAGGCUUUUGAGACUCUUGAGUUAAUAAGCCAAAACAGUUGCCAAUGGCCUGAACAAAGAGAUGAAGCUCCAAAGAAGGCAGCUGGACUUUAUGAAGUGAAUGAAAUCACUUCCAUGGCAGCUGAGAUGGCAGCACUGCAUAACACUGUUAAGGUUUUAGUCAAGCAAAUGGCUGAAACCAAACAGCAACCACCUGCUCAAGUGGCUGCAACCACACCAAUCUGCUCACUUUGCCAUGGUCCCCAUUUUUUUGAAGAAUGCCCAAGCAACCCCUCUUCAGCCUUCUAUGUUGGUGACUACAACAAUAGAGGGAACUUUAACCAAGGCAGAUGGCAGCAACAAGGUGGAAAUUUUGGGCAGAAUCAGGGCCAAAAUUACCAUCAAAAUGUUGGGAAUAGAAAUCAGAAUCAGUCCUUCCAAGGAGGGAAGCAACCAUAUCAACCAAAAGUCCCAUUUCCACCCAGUUUCAACUCACAAAUGCCUUCAGAUCAGCAAAGGCAGCCUAAUGGAGAAAUUCAGCCUCUUCCUAAUGAUCAGUGGUCAAACCGGAUUCUGCAAAAUUAUGAGACCAUGCUUCAAAGUCAUGGAGCAAUCUUAAAAAGCUUAGAGACACAAAUGGGGCAGAUUGCAUCCUCUCUUAGCAAUAGACCGGUGGGAACUCUUCCUAGUGAUACUGAAGCACCAAGGAAAGAGGGAAAGGAAUUUUGUAAGGCUCUCCAUUUGAGAAAUGGAAGAGAGGUUGAACAACCAGAGCAUGUUAUUAGGCUUUCUACCUUGAGGAAGUUAGCAGAAAAAAAUGCUCAACCAAUUGAAGAGGAAGAACCUAAUGUAAUUGAAGUGCAAGAUUCAGAAAACAACAAGGUGCAAGGUGAUUCUAGCAAAACAGAAAAAUCAGCACCUAAACCAAAGGAGCCAGCCAAACCUAUGCAGCAAAAUGAAGGCAUUUCACCAAGAUCAAGGGCAAGGCAGAUUCCAUUUCCACAAAGGCUUCAAAAACAGAACCAGGAGCAGCACUUUAAGAGGUUCUUAGACAUCCUCAAGCAACUCCAGAUCAACAUUCCAUUUGUGGAGGCCCUUCAACACAUGCCAAGCUCCAUCAAAUUCAUGAAGGACAUCCUAUCAAGGAAGAGGAGAAUAGAAGAGUUUGAAAUAGUGGCACUUACCAAAGAAUGCAGCAGCAUUGUCUCUACAAAAGUACCUCCUAAAAUGGAGGAUCCAGGUUCUUUUACUAUUCCAUGUGUUAUAGGAGAUAGGUAUAUUAGUAGAGCUUUAUGUGAUUUAGGCUCUAGCAUUAAUUUGAUGCCUGCUUCUAUUUUUAAGCAAUUAGGAAUAAAAUCUGCACCCACAACAUUAACUCUCCAAUUAGCUGAUAGGUCUAUUGUAUACCCUGAAGGAAAAGUGGAAAAUAUUUCGGUAAAAGUGGAAAAAUUUAUUUUUCCAGCUGACUUCAUAAUCCUUGAUUGUGAAGUUGAUGAAAAUAUUCCUAUUAUAGUAGGAAGACCAAUUUUAGCUACAGGGGGUGCAAUGAUAGAUGUUAAAAAAGGAGAGUUAACAAUGAGGGUAAAUGAUGACAUUAUAACCUUUAGUGUUUUUAAAGCCAUGAAAUAUGUGGAUGAUGAUGUUGAUGAUUGUUCUGCCAUAUCUAUCAUUGAUCACUUGGUUGCUGCCCAUGUUAAAGAAAAUUUUGAAAUAAAUGCAUCUGCAUGUGAAUCUGCCAUUUUUGAAAUUAAUGAGAAUAAUGCAUCUGAUCAUGAUCAUGCAUGUACAUUGAAGUCUUAUCCUACUAAGUUCUUUGGUGAUAAACAUUUUGAGUCCCUUGGACUUCAUGAGAGAAUCACCAAACCUCUUAAACCUUCCAUUUUGGAACCACCUGAAGUGGAGUUGAAAGAACUCCCAACUCACCUUAAAUAUGCAUUUCUAGGAAGAGAUAAUACCCUCCCUGUAAUUGUAGCUGCUGCCCUAAAAAAUAAUGAGGAAAAUCAGCUCCUAAAGGUGCUUAAAAAUCACAAGAAAGCCAUUGGUUGGACCAUGGCUGAUAUUAGAGGCCUUAGCCCUUCUUUUUGUAUGCAUAGGAUAAGGCUAGUUGAUGAAAAUGCCAGUUCUAUUGAGCCUCAAAGAAAGCUCAAUCUAACCAUGAAAGAAGUGGUCAAAAAGAAAAUAAUCAAUUGGUUGGAUACAGGACAAAUUAUUCUGAAUUUCAAGAUAAGAAUCAAAUUGUUUCCAAUCAAGUUUAGAUGGCUGAAGCAUUACUGGACAAGGGAUGUGAAUAAAGAGAAGAUUUUCAUUUCUUUAUUAGAUGUUGGAUGA